AUUAAAAAAUCCAUUUUUGGCCCUGAGUACGAGAAGGCUGUGCUAGAAGCCCCCACUCUCCCUCCCUCUUCUCCUUCCCUUACGAUUUACGAUUCCUCAGCCGUAUGCAUCCUCUUCCUCUUCUUCUUCGACGUUUCUAGAUCUGUAGUUGCACUGCCCCCUCGGGGCGUCGCAGAAGCUGUUAGCAUCUAGGGUUCGGGGUCCCUUCUUCCUUGGAGCGGAGUGGUGCGUUCUGCUUUUGAGCUGCUUAUAUACGUCGGUUGCUCAGUUUUGGUCGUCAGAUCUUUGGGGGACUCUGGAGGUCGGAAAUGUACAAAGGAGUCUUCGGGUACCACCGCGCCGAGAAGGCGCGGAGGGCGGAGUUUGGUUUGGAAAGGGCCGCGGCAGCGGCGUCUUCCCAUGGAGAAGGGCAUGACCAAUUUAAGCGACAAACAAAUGUGGCAAGAAUGGCGCAAGAUUAUGAUUGCAAUAAUUUCUCUUCUCUUGAAGAGAAUUCUUUUACCCUCAAACUUAAGCAAAGCUCAUCUAAGAGAGUGAUCGCUAAGCCAAUUCAAGAACUAAUAGAUGAAGAGAUGUUGAUAGAAAAAGAGAGUAGGCAUCACUCUCCUAGUGUAGUUGCAAAAUUGAUGGGUCUUGAUACAGUUGCACCUCCACUACCUCAACAAGUCCAUAAACAAAGGAAGAAUGUUGAAACUAGUUUUCAGUCAGUUUCCUCUACAGGGUCUCACGGAAAAUUUAUACAAUCGAUGGAACAUUCAUGCCUACAUAGCUGUAAUAAUCAAGAAUUCAAAGAUAUUUUUGAAGUAAUGGAGACAACAAAAUUUAAAGGACAUAAGAACCAAUCAACUCGAAAGGAACGACAAAGUUUUAAAGGAAGUGAGACUGAAAAAAAAUUCUUAAGGCAGAAGUUUAUGGAUGUCAAACGACUGUCAACCAAUGAAGAACUUCACAACACUAAAAAAUUUGAUGAUGCAUUGGAAAUUCUCCAUUCCAACAAAGACCUUUUCUUGGAAAUUCUGCAUGAUCGACAUUCCUUGUUUGCUGAGCAUUUAGAAGAUGUGGAUCUUGGACAUCUUAGUGAAAUUACAGUGCUGAAGUCUUCAAAAGAUGGCAGGUGUAGAAACAGUAAAACUGCAAAGUCGGAGAGAAAAUGCAAUAGUUACUCUCUCAAAAACAAAGAACCUCCUUCUUUCAGGAAAUCUCCACCAAGACCUAUCAAAGGAUACUGUAAUUCUGCAUCACAAUAUCCUUCGACUUCACCAUACUUGGGUAAGACUGAAUCUCUUGUACAUCCUACUCGUAUUGUAGUUCUAAAACCAAGCCUUGAGAAGACUCAGAAGAUGUUUGAGCCUGUUCCUUUUUCACGUGAAAACUUACGCUUUGGUUCAAGAAAGCCCACAAAAUCUGUAGUUUCAGCAAUUAAGGAGUUGUAUGAGGAAGGAAGAGAUAGUACUCAAAAUAUCGGACAUUUGUCUAACAAGGUUAAGGGCUCCAGAGAAAUUGCUCGGGAGAUUGCAGGACAGAUGAAGCAUACUGAAGGUAGUCAUUCCAAGAGAGCAAUCAACUCAGAACUGAAAACAUGUGCUCGGAAGGAAAGGUCAUGUACUAAGUUAAAUAAUUUUAUGCUCAACAAUUCUGAAUCAUAUUACUCGUGUCCACCCCACUCUGAUGAGAGGUGUAACGACUUCAGCCCUUCAUCUUCAUACUCAACUGAAACAUCAGUGAGCAGAGAGGCUAGGAAACGCAUGUCUGAGAGAUGGAAGAUGACUCAUCAGUGUAAAGAUGGCAUUGCUGCCAGGGGUGUGAACACACUUGGUGAAAUGCUUGCAUUAUCUGAUAGAGCGACAUCAGAUGCCAAUGUGAUUCCAUUGGAUAUGAGGAAGGUUUCAACCGACUAUUUUGCUGGAAAUGAGGUAGUUGGGUAUUGGGACUCUCCAUUAAUUAAUCGCAGCAAGGAUGAAUGGGUAGAUGAGAAAUCUUCAAAAUUACUAAGGUCCAAGUCUCUUCCUGCUUCUUCUACUGCCUAUGAAGGGCCAAAAUUAAGCUACAGAAAACAAGGUGGCGGCAAUACCUGUUACAUGCUCAAGGAUGUACUAAAUAUGAGCCCUGAUGUUUUUUCAGAUGCAAAUGUUGGGAUGUGGCAGAAGCCUUUUGUCGGAAAUUCUGGGUAUUCCAGCAGUAAGCCUCACCAGUCACAGCCUAUUGGAGAAGAUAACAAACUACCUGAGCUUGAGAUUCAUGUUCAAUCGGAAGAACUGAGGAGCAACAUACAUGUCAGAAUUCUCUCAGAAGAAGAUAUUUUACAUCCUUUACAGUCUGACACUGAAACUAUGUACCCCACAGAGACCUUGCUGUUUCCUGUUUGUGAAAAUGGAAGCAUUUCAGCAACAACACAAGAGAAUGUGAAGCAGUUGUUUAUACAGUCACUGCCCGAGCCGGAUGGGUUUUCUGUUUGCAACAAUGAUAGUACAGAUAAGGAUGAUUUGAUUCAGCAUCCCCAACUAGGGACAUGUGGCCAAGUACUUGUUCUGAGCACCAAAGAAGGUGAACAGCCAAGCCCAAUUUCUGUCCUGGAGCUUCGAUCUGAAGAAGAAAGUUUAUCUUCUGGAUGCUUUGAGAGAAUCAGUGCUGAUCUUCAAGAGCUGAGAAUGCAACUCAGACUUCUUAAACUGGAGUCAGCAGAAAGGUAUGAUGCAGAACUUGACAUCACCACAGAGAGAGACGGUGAACCCGCAGGAGAUAAUCAGUUGGCUCUACCAGUAGAGGAGAAACUUGAAGACUUUACAGAUGAUGACGAUCGAGACUUUUCAUACUUGCUUGAUAUCCUCAUCGAGUCCGGUAUUCAUGGUGGUAACCAAGAUGGAUUCUCUGCUGCGUCCUACUCUCAUGAUCAUCUUGCGAGUCCAGAUGUCUAUGAACAACUUGAAAAAAAAUAUGGUGCUAUGGAAUCGUGGUCAAGAGCAGAAAGGAAGUUGUUGUUUGAUCUCGUUAGUUCCAGUUUAAUGUGGAUGAUGGCCCCUUCCACCAAUGUGCACCCCCACAGGCCAUCAAGUAAGUCUAUAUCGGCUUGGAAGGACAAGAGCCUUGCUGAAGGUCUGUGGCAAAUGGUAGAUAUUCAAAGGAAGGAACUGAACUACAACUUGGAUGAGAUGAUUCUGGACCCAGGUUGGUUACGGGUUGAAGAUGAUACUGAAGUUACUGCGAAAGACUUGGAGCAAAUUCUAGGCGAUGAAAUCCUGGACGAAGUUAUUUUGGAAUUUAUCACUGGAUAGGCAUCGAGCUGUUUGCUAUUGCCUGCAAUAACACUUGCAAGGGAAUAUUUGCCGCACUGAUCAAUACACUGAUGGCUGAUCAAAUGCCAACUGUGUCAUCUUCAGAAUGGGUCUGGCAAGAUCAACCUUUACAUGUCAGCCAUCUUCAAUAUGAAUAUGAAAAAGCAGAUCAGCUAUUCAUGUAAAAUCUUUAAGAACCAUGCAAACCUUAAUUAAAAAUCAAGUUUCUCUUUGAUUGAAUA